AUGGCCAACCCCCUGAGCCGGCGCGUGGUCACGCCCUUCCUCCUGCCGGAGCCGGUGGUCGCCUUCCUGAAUGUCGUCAGCGCCACAUACUUCUCGUUCAUCGAUGUCGACUCGUCCUUCCACCCGCGCACCGACAGCUGCACCGACAAGCGCCUGUGCUAUGCGCGCAUGUCGGCCGCCCUGCAGGCUCUGCUGGACUUCGCCAUCUUCGGCGGCGACCUGCCCAAGCUGACGCUCUUCGCCGACUCGGAGGAGAUUGCCGAGCUCAACUCCGCCUCGGAGCCUAUGGCCGUGGACCUCGUCAUCGACACGUACCAUGCGCACUGGCUGCAGACCUUCCACCUGCCGAGCCAGCUGUCGCCCAUCGGCACCGAGCCCGUCAGCCGGCUGAUUUAUGCCGUGAUGAAGAAGAUCGCCGACGGGGAGAUCUGCCCUGACAUGGUCUUCGGCAUCAACCGCGCUCAGUCCCGCAUUAAUGUCAACCGCUCCUUCAUCCACAUGGGCUCUUAA